AUGUCUAACAUUGGUCUUAGAAUUACGCUGGCCAAGGCAUGUGCUCUUUUGCUAGGACAUUUGUUGAUGUUAUGUGAUAUUGCAGAUUAUUUUGAGCUG